AUGGCGUGGGUUCAAAUGGAGACGACCGGCGGCAAGAUGCUGAAGCCGGUGUACUCGGCGCCGCACCCGCUCGCGGGCGAGAUGGUCCCGCUGACGCUCUUUGACCGCGCCGCCAUGGACAUCUUUGUCUCCCUCAUCCUCGUGUACCCCGCCCCGACUCCGUCCAACGAGGCGCUCGUGGAGGGCCUGCGCAGGGCUGUCGCGCCGUACCCUCACCUGGCCGGACGACUCGCGGUCGACCGCUCAGGCCGGCGCUCCAUCCACCUCAACAACGACGGCGUGCUUGUCCUGGACGCCGAGGUCCCUGUCGAUAUGGCGAGCGUGGUCGCCGACGGCUGCUUUACCGACACCACCGACGGCCUGUACCCUGCACUCCCGCUGCCGAAGGAGAACGUCGGGGCGGCGCUGCUGCAGAUCAAGCUGAACCGGUACAAGUGCGGCGGCCUCGUGAUCGGCAUCAUCCACCACCACCACGCGGCCGACGGCCACUCAUUCAGCAACUUCCUCACCACGUGGGCCAGCGCAGUUCGCCAAGCCAGCGAGUUCACCGCCCCGUCGCCUUCCCUCGACCGCACGGCGACUGCCGUGCCUCGGAGCGUGCCGACGCCGGCGUUCGACCACCGGUGCACCGAGUUCAGCGGAGAAGAAGACGGCCGUCGCAGGUCGAACUCCUACCCCACGUGCAAGAUCAAGAAUCUCACGUUGCGUUUCACGGCCGAGUUCGUCACAGAGCUCAAGGCCCGCGUCGGCGCCCCAUGCAGCACGUUCCAGUGCCUUCUCGCGCACGUGUGGAAGAAGAUCACGGCGGCGCGCCGCCUGAAGCCCGACGAGUUCACGCAGGUCAGGGUGGCCGUGGACUGCCGGGGCAGGGCCAACCCUGCCGUCCCGCCGGACUUCUUCGGGAACAUGGUUCUGUGGGCAUUCCCGAGGCUCCAAGUCCGGGACGUCCUGGGCUGGACCUACGGCGGCGUGGUAGGCGCCAUCCGCGACGCCAUCGGGCGCGUCGACGCCGCCUACAUCCAGUCGUUCGUGGACUUCGGGAGCGUGGCGGACGCGAACUGGGAGGAGCUCGCGGCGACGGCGCCAGACUUCGGCAUGAUGCUCUGCCCGGACCUGGAGGUGGACAGCAGUCUGGGUUUCAGGUUCCACCAGAUUGACCUCGGCAAUGGGCCGCCAUCCGCGUUCCUCAUGCCGGACUUGCCCGUCGAGGGGCUCAUGACAUUCGUGCCAUCGUGCUCAGCCAAGGGCAGCGUCGACGUCCACAUGGCCGUCGCCGAGGAUCACGUCGCGGCGCUUGAGCAUAUAUGCUACUCCUUGGACGAAAGAGCUAAACCGAAGUUGUAA